CGCCCCGCGCCGCCCCGCGCCGGGCCCCGCGGACGACGGCCAUGCCGCCGCGGCGCAGCAUCGUGGAGGUGAAGGUGCUGGACGUGCAGAAGCGGCGGGUGCCCAACAAGCAUUAUGUCUAUAUCAUCCGGGUUACGUGGUCCAGCGGCUCCACGGAGGCCAUUUACCGGCGCUACAGCAAGUUCUUUGACCUCCAGAUGCAGAUGUUGGACAAAUUUCCCAUGGAAGGAGGGCAGAAGGACCCCAAACAGCGGAUCAUUCCCUUUCUGCCAGGCAAAAUUCUCUUCCGACGAAGCCACAUCCGGGAUGUGGCGGUCAAACGCCUGAUACCGAUUGAUGAGUACUGUAAGGCCCUGAUCCAGCUGCCCCCCUAUAUCUCUCAGUGUGAUGAGGUGCUGCAGUUCUUUGAGACAAGACCUGAGGACCUGAAUCCCCCCAAAGAGGAGCAUGUUGGGAAAAAGAAAUCUGGGGGUGACCUGACCUCAGUGGACCCCAUGGUCCUGGAGCAGUACGUGGUGGUAGCAGACUACCAGAAGCAGGAGAGCUCGGAGAUCAGCCUCAGUGUGGGGCAGGUGGUGGACAUCAUCGAGAAGAAUGAGUCAGGUUGGUGGUUCGUCAGCACAGCCGAAGAGCAAGGCUGGGUCCCCGCAACCUGCCUGGAAGGGCAGGAUGGUAUGCAGGAUGAGUUUUCCCUACAGCCUGAAGAAGAGGAGAAGUACACAGUCAUCUACCCGUACACAGCUCGUGACCAGGAUGAAAUGAAUCUAGAGAGAGGGGCCGUGGUGGAGGUCAUCCAGAAGAACCUGGAAGGCUGGUGGAAGAUCAGGUACCAGGGCAAAGAGGGCUGGGCCCCAGCCUCCUACCUGAAGAAGAGUAGUGGGGAGCCCUUACCCCCGAAGCCGGGCACCGGCUCGCCUGCCCACACUGGCAUCCUCGACCUGGACGGACUUUCCCGGCAGCAGAGCUCAGUGGGUCGGGACAGGGAGCUGCUCAACAACCAGAGGGAUGGCCGGUUUGAAGGCCGUCCGGUGCCCGAUGGCGAUAUCAAGCAGAGAUCGCCCAAGAUGAGGCAGAGGCCACCUCCUCGCCGGGAUAUGACCAUACCUCGAGGUCUCCACCUGCCCAAGCCUCCCGUUCCACCCCAAGUGGAGGAAGAGUAUUACACCAUUGCCGAAUUCCAGACAACCAUCCCUGAUGGCAUCAGCUUCCAGGCGGGUCUGAAGGUCGAGGUGAUAGAAAAGAACUUGAGUGGCUGGUGGUACAUUCAGAUCGAAGAUAAGGAAGGAUGGGCCCCAGCAACCUUCAUUGACAAGUAUAAGAAGACCAGCAAUGCCUCAAGGCCCAACUUCCUGGCUCCCUUGCCCAACGAGAUGACCCAGCUCCAUCUGGGGGAUGCAGCAGCCAUGGAGAACAACAUGGGCAGCGAAGCCAUCGGCCCCUCCCGGCCCCUGCCAGAUGCACCACAUGGUGCCAUGGACUCCGGGAUGCCAUGGUCCAAGGACUGGAAGGGAGGCAAGGAGGUCCCGAGGAAGGCGUCUUCUGACAUGUCCUCAUGUGCUGGCUACGAAGAGAUCUCAAGCCCUGACCUGGAGGAGAAACCCAGCCUCCCCCCCCGGAAAGAAUCUAUCAUCAAGUCGGAAGGGGAGCUGCAGGAGAGGGAGCGGCAGAGGAUGGAGCAGCUCAGAGGCUCCUCACCCAAACCUCCAGGCAUGAUUUUGCCAAUGAUUCCAGCCAAACACACACCCCCAGCCCGGGAUGGCAGGAGGUCAGAGCCCAAACCUGACAAAGGCAAGUUGCUCCAGCUGAAAAAUGAGAUGGGGCUGGAGUGUGGCCACAAGGUAUUGGCCAAAGAAGUGAAGAAGCCCAACCUCCGACCCAUCUCCAAAUCCAAAGCUGAUCUGCCAGAAGAGAAGCCAGAAGGGAUUCCUCAGAAUCCCUUCUUGAAAUCCAAACCUCAGGUUAGGCCCAAACCAGCUCCUUCCCCCAGGACAGAACCACCUCAGGGCGAAGACCAAGUGGACAUCUGCAACCUCAGGAGUAAGCUGAGACCUGCCAAGUCCCAAGAGAAGCCCUUACUGGAUGGAGAGGGCAGCCAAGAUGUGGCCUGCAGCCGGAGCUUCCUCCCGGGUGAAGGGCCUGGCCGCACCCAGGACAGGACGGGCAAACAGGACGGGCUCAGCCCAAAGGAGGUGCCCUGCAGAGCCCCUCCGAAGCCCGUCAAGACCGCAGAUCCUGUGCCUAAGAAUGUGCCCACCCCUCUCCAAGAGGCUUCCCCGCAGCGACCCGUGGUCCUGCCCCGAAGACCACCACCCCCCAAAAAAACCUCAUCUUCCAGGCCCCUCCCGGAGGUCAGAGGGCCACAGCGGGAAGCGAGUGAAGGCAAGGCAGCUCCUGCUCCAGGCCGGGCCCUGCUGGUCCCUCCUAAAGCCAAACCUUUUCUUUCCAACUCCUCAGGCAGCCACGAUGACAUGCGAGGCAAAGGUGGUCUGGGACCGUGGAUGGUGGGCAAAAUAGGAGAAAACAGGGAGAAAGUAGCUGCCGCCCCCUUCCCCAGUGCUGACGGCUCGAAGGACUCUUUAUACGUGGCAGUGGCCAACUUUGAAGGAGACAAAGACACCAGCAGCUUCCAGGAAGGGACGGUGUUCGAGGUCCGGGAAAAGAGCAGCAGUGGCUGGUGGUUCUGCCAAGUGCUGAGCGGGGCGCCUUCCUGGGAAGGGUGGAUCCCUUCCAACUAUCUCAAAAAGAAGCCAUAGCCUCCUUCCCUGCCUGGAGGUCCCGCACAUCCCUGCUGGCUUACCCACGUAUUUAAUAUGCUUCUUAAUUUAUCAUCCUUCAUGCAGCUUCGAAGGAAGGAAGAGUCUGGAAUACUAUGGUUUCUUCCCUCCCAUCACAGCAUCCCCUGGCAGCCCAGAGGCCAACCUCCUGCUUCCUCUCCAAGUCAGCAUCCCUGCCUUAAGGCCAGUGGCACUGCCACCCUCUGUAGGCUGCCCUGCAGCAGGACCAUGACUCUCCAAGACCAGAACCCAUUGUCUGGAAACUGCAGAAAUAGUCUCACUGCCAGCACCCCACCCAGCCUGAUGGCUGGCUCCAGCCUCUCCACGUUUCUCAAAGUCCAGUGACUUGAUUUCCUGAGUUUCCAAAAUGCUUGUUGGUACCAGAAAGAACUCCAUCCCCUGGAAGUUGGCUCUACCGCCAGUCGUAGGGAGAUGUCCUCCUCGAGGCUCUGGGCCCAUGAGCGUCUCAACUGCCCCAAGAGUGGGCCAGAAGGUCCACUGAGCCAUUCUGCCUCCCAUCGUCUGUUUUGGAACCCUGACAGAUCCUAAAGGGGUGCUUCAUUUACCUGCGCAGGGCUUUUUAAAUAGGAACCUCCACCCCACCUUGGGCCAUUCCACUUUCAUCUCCACAGAGCGAGAACCUCAAAGUUUGUUUGAAAGGAGCCACUCAAAAAAGAAAAAAAAAAAAAGAAAGAAAGAAAGGAGCCACUCACAAUCCAUGUCCCUCAUGAGCAUCCCAUUGCUGAGUAGCUAGUAGGUGCCAGGCUCUGUCCUUGGCCCUUUACAUUCCUGUUUUAUCCCUCAAAUCAAUCCUCUCCUGUGUAAUUAUGUCUAUUUUAUGGACAAAGAACCUCAAACUCAACGUGCCAAGGGCACACUAGCUAGGAAGAAGAGGAAAGAGGAUUUGAAUUGAACUGGCUCGACUUCGAUACCUGUGCCCGUAGGAGGCUCAUCAGGCAGGGGCACAGGAAGAAGCUAACUGCCAGAAGCAGGUGGCCAAGUGGCUUGCUUGUGGUGUGGGUGAGGGGGCGUUAGUGGCUGCUCCCACACCCACCACCCCUCCGACCUGGUGCAGCUGACACUGGAGGCUGCCCGCACCCUCCACAGCUCCUCCUCCAUGGCAGGGGAAUGCCCGGGGCUCUGGCGGUUGCCACAGGGCCCCAUUUCCUGCUGCUGUGCUGGGGCCCCCUCUGGGAGAUAAAGCUUGUGGAGCUGAGGUGGUCUCGCAUGACAGCCUGUUGGCCGGGGGGG